AUGAUGGAGGCAUCACAAGCCAUUUCCUCGCAGCUUCCCCCCAACCGAUUGGAUGUUGCUGCACCCGAAUCUUCUCUUGCAGCUACUUCUCCUCCAACUGAUUGGGGUGUCGCUACACUUCCUGAUAUUGCUGCACCCUCUGCUACUGCUGUCCCUUCUUCCACUGUUAUAUUUGGUGGUGAAAAUCACUCGAAGAAGGAGGAUUCUCCUUCCAAAGCCCAGGAGAUAAUAACCCUGGCAUCGCUGCUGAUGUUGCCAGACAGAGCGGCAGCAGACAAAAUGACUGGAAGUGCAGCUGCCGCAGCAGCUGUAGCAUCAAUGGCAGCAGUUCGCAGCACCAGAGCCAGCAGCCCCAACCGUGCAACACGGCAGCAAUGGGGAGCUUUGCAAAUAGCCGGGCAGCCUGCUCCGCUACCAUCUGCAGCAGCAGCAGCCGCAGCCACCGCUACAGCAGGGAUAGUUCGACACUCUCCCCGGUCAUUACAACAGCAACGCACGUCUACUGCUGCAGUAGCACUGAACGCAGCCCUUGCUGCUGCUAAAGAGCGGGUGAGAGAGAAGCAGCAACAAUUACUGUACUACCUAGCAUGCAUAGCAGCGGGCGAGCUGCUCCUGCGGAAAAUUGAAGUGCAACGGCGGCGUAGCAAGCCACCGACGGCCCUCAGCAGGAUGACGAAGCCGCUGCCGCAGCUACAAAAGCACCCAGAGAAACUAAGGCAGCAACAGCAGUUUCAGCUGCUGAAGCUGCUUCAGGGAAAAUGUGCUGUGCAGCAGAGGAAGCCAUCACUACCUCGGCAGAAGCAGCAGCUGUUGCUUAGACGGAAACAAAGAUUGAGUGGCAGCAAACGACGGCUGCCAACGGAUGCCAUGCAGAUGCUCUACUUUAGAUUGAAAAGGAAACUGAAGCAGCUGGAAUUGACACAGCGCAGGAAGGAAACAGCGUGCGAGCGGGGAAACCAGCAAAAAGGGCACCAAAAGCAACACCAACAGCAACGAGAGCGGCAGUCGCAACCUCAGGAACGGGGGGAGCAGCAACAACAGUAUCAAGAACAACAGCAAAAUCAACAGCAGAGAGAGACAGAGCAGGCCUGCCAUCAGCAAAGUCACCAGCCUUAUCAGGGACCACAACGGAAUCAUUCACGCGUCAACCAUCGGCAAGAGCUGCAGAAACAACACGAACGUUUGGAACAGCAACUGCAAAUGAAUCGGCCAACAACUCCGCAGCAAAAGCAUGUAUAUCCAGCAAAUGCAUUUCUUACUGAUUGCGACGACACGGGCGGCUCUUCGGGCUUUGCUGCUGGUAGUGCACUUGGUGCUAUGAGUUCUACAGCUCCCGUGAGUCCUGCCGCAGCCGUUUUUAGCAGCACGGCAUGCGGCGCACCGGAUUUUGAACAUGCAUCAACCGCACAGCCAUGUACCCGAGUUCACGAAGGCUUUCAUCCGCUUGCUGCGGUUUCUUCUGGCGGUCCUGCUGACGAUCCUUCAGCUGAUGGUGCGGCAACAACUGGCAGUGCUCCUGGUUUGGCUUCUGCCUAUGCUGCCACUCUUCCUCAGCCUCCUGCUGACAGUCUUGAACCAACUGCCGCAUCGAAAAGUUUGGUCUUUCCUUCAAGUGCUGGUGCCUGCAUAACUGCUUCUGCUGAUGAUGAGUUCCCUCCUUGGCUGGAGGGCCCGAGUUCACUUGUUCUAAGCAGCAUAUGCACCAACCAGACAGGCAGCCCCAGAAAUCUGUCGCCAGAACGGCAAAAAUGGCGGAAGCAGCAGCAACAAAAAUACGAACAGCAGCAGCUCCGUAUGAGCCAACUCAAUGCGCAGAUCGACGGUUUCCGUCAGUUUCUGCAACUGUCAAAGGGUAACUUAAAGCUGUAG